AUGGCCAAAUUGGCACAUCCUUCGGGGGAAGCAGGAAUCGCCUCUGCGUGUUCCAACUUCAAUGCGCUCCAAAUCAUCAGCAAAAACGCCUCCAUGUCACCCCUAGACAUCGUCCGCGCCGGCAAAGAUGCGGUGUUUGGGUGGCAGCUCUACGUCUUGAAGGACAUCAAAGCAACCGAGCGAACCCUUGCUCAAAUCCGGGCCAUUCCCGAAAUCAAAUUCAUUGUUCUGACUUUGGACGCCCCUUUCCCUGGAAAACGUGAAGCAGACGAGCGCUUCAAGAUGGCCGAAGUCGCUCAGGGUGGUGCACCGCAGGUAUGGGGAACAGAAUCCGGGCUGACCUGGGGCAAAACCCUGGCUUGGCUGUCAACGCAAACCAAGUUGCCGAUUGUGCUCAAAGGCAUUCAGUCUUACGAAGACGCCUUUGCCGCAUCAUUGUUUCCAGCUGUCAAAGGCAUCAUAAUCUCGAACCAUGGUGGGAGGGCUUUGGAUACCGCACCAACUCCCAUCCAGGUCUUGUUGGAAAUCAGAAAGUUCUGCCCUCAAGUAUUGAGCAAAAUUGAUGUUCUUGUGGACGGAGGUAUCAAGAGGGGGACAGACGUGGUCAAGGCACUUGCAUUGGGGGCAAAGGGAGUCGGCCUUGGUCGGGCAGCCUUGUAUGGCCUCGCUUUAGGAGGACAGGAAGGUGUCGAAAGAACGCUGAAGAUUCUAGCAGACGAAACACUCACGGCUCUGAGACUUUUGGGUGUGAGCAAGAUCCAGGACCUUGGCCCACAUCACGUCAACACAGCUGCUCUCAACCAGUACCUGUUCGAAGGGCCGAGUGACUUAGAUCAAAUGGAGAUUGAUUUGAGGCCUAAACUGUGA